GUCUUGAUUCGCUGUCUUCUGCAGGAGGCAGCAGACAAAGCUUGCCUUUGGGAGAGCCCUUGUAUGGUGUUCAACAGAAACAACAGCCGGGACCCGGAGAUGAGCUCGGAGCUUAGAGACAUCCUGGUACUACUGCCUACCUGGGAACAACUGCGGCUGUCAGUGCAGGUCGCAGCCACAGGACAAGACCUCUUUCAGCAGGUGUGUGAUAUGGCACACAUCAGAGAAGCUCAUUUCUUUGGCCUCAGUGUGCUCAGAGAAAACGAGUACGUGUUUGUGGACUUGAAGCAAAAGCUCAGCAAGUACUUCUCGAAGGACUGGAAGACAGACAUACACAAAGGGGAUAAGAGACCCAGGGCACCCUUUAUCGCCUUCUUCAGAGUGCAGUUCUACGUGGAAAACGGGAAGGCAAUACGUGACAAGACAGCCCUACACCUGUACUACUGCCACCUGAAGGAACAGGUGCUGAGGUCCAGGUGCAUGCACAGAGAGGAGGCCUACUUUCUGCUGGCUGCCUAUGGGCUACAGGCUGACCUGGGCAACCACCAGGAGUCAGUCCACGUGGGCAGGUACUUCGAGCCACACGCCUAUUUCCCACAGUGGAUUAUCAACAAGAGAGGAAUUGAUUAUGUCCUAAGGCACGUGCCUGCCAUGCACCGUGAACAUCAGGGUCUCACUGCAAAGGAGGCAAUACGACGCUUCAUCAGGGAUGCUUGCCGACUUGAGGAUGUUCCUGCCCACUUCUUCAGGAUGUACAAGGAAAAGAAAGAGGAUGAAUCUACUGUUCUCCUGGGACUCACUCUGAAGGGAGUGACCAUCUAUCAGGAGGUAGACUACACUCCACAGCUGCUCUGCGACUUUCCCUGGUCACGGAUUUCGAAGGUGACAUUUCUGGGGAAGAAGCUGGAAAUCCAGCCAGAAGGGCUGUUGGCAACACAGAAGCUGCUGCUCUACACAGGUCAUGCCUGGCGUUCUCGCUACCUGCUGCAAUUGCUUCGUUCCACCCACCAGCUCCACCUCAGCUUGAAGCCUGUGCUGCAGUGGCUGCAGCAGCUGGAGGAGGCAGAAAAGAAGAGCUAUAGGGAAUCCUAUAUCAGUGACCUGGAGCUGGACCUGGACCCAGACCACAGGGAUGCCCUGGGCACUGAGGACAAUAAGAGCAGCAGACAACAUCUCCUCCACUGCUUCUGACUCUGCUCCACAAGCCAAGGCAGCUCCCACACAGCAGGCAUCCAGCCUAACUCCCAGCAGGGAGAGUGUGAGAUGUCUGUGGAUGAGCCCACAGGGACUACAGGAUUCUGUGGGAAGACAUCUGGUAGCUUCUGGAGCAGCUGCAGCAGCCAGGACACAUGGAACUACAGUGGAGGUGAGCUAUAGGACCAGGUAGCAAAGAGCCUGAUCUGGCCAAUGCUGAUCUGAAUCCCUGGGUGCAGGCGGGAAUGGUCACUCAGG